AUGGUGACGAUCAUCACGCUGAGAUGUUUGUUAUGUAUUGCAAGGGGAAUUUCCGAGCUGCGUGGUAAUACCACAACCAUGGAAGGCUCUGCUGGUAUACUCAAGGAGAGAUGCUUUAAUCUAAAAGCUAGUGAUGUGUUCUCUAUCAAGUGUAAUGUUGCUGGGUUCAAUGGCUGUGAGGAUAUGCUGAAACAGCACAUACUGAGAAGCAAGUACGCCGAUCGUUGGCUAAGAUCUGAAGACAUACUCGCUGAGGCCGAGGCGAUCAGGCUGGAUGAGGACCUGUACUUGUAG